AUGUUCUACAAGCAACAAGCAAGUCUUUGUGACGACGACGUAACAGGUAAUGCCCCAAUCCAGAACAGACAGUUCUGCAUAGAAGAUAUCGACGAAUAUCCACCAUCACCAAUCAUACCACUGACGCAAGCUGAUGUGCCAGAAACUACCGAUGAUGCUAGCACUGAGAGUGAAGACAACUGCCACGAAAACGAGGCAGUACUCAAUUGUUACUUCCACGUCGCCCAAGCCUUUGCCAAACGAUCGAGCUAUGUCAAGAAGAUGAAGUGCAAGACCUUCUCUGAUCCCAAGGGUACAGCUUACAGACAUGUCUGCAACAUCGCAAGCACAAAAACUGUGGAACAGAGAUCGGUGGUGACUCAGCUGUACUUGAAAGAUUGGAGGGAAAGCCGCGAUGAGAAGGCAGCUGCAGACCAUUUCGAAAAAGAGUACUGUCGCCAUCCAAAGUGGAAUUGGAAUUAUGCCUGCACCGGUGAGAUAGGCAUUUAUCCAACGAACUGUCCCAAUGAAAGCUUCAAUAGACAUGGAAUCAAGAGUGUUGCCACUGAUUGUUCGAAGAAUGCGUCUCUUGCUUCCUUUCUUGUUCACACUGCACCACGACUUUUGGAAGAAGACUCCCGAGCAAGAGCAGAUGCCUGCACUAUUGAAAUUCCCAGGACAGCAUCCUUAUUGGCUGUUGGGAUUACGGGCUUCGUGAGGGAAGGCAUUGACAUUGUCCAGUUGGGUGUUGACGAGUACGGCAAUCCAUCUAGCUGGUUAGCCAACUUACGUCACAAGAUUGGUGUGCCAAUCGACAAGGGACGAAUACGUAGAGUGCUCGCAUCGUUGGAGGGUGACACUCGACCAUUCGAAGAAACGUUGAAACUCCAGGGAGUGGCGUACCCAGAGAUGGUUGCAGACAUGAUGGUGGCAACCACAAAGAACGUCUGUCAUCUACAAUGGAAGCAGGGUAAAAUCGUUGGAGACUGCGAAGAUUGUGUCAAAUACCUUGGCUACACUUGUCCAGGAGCGAUCUUCCUGAGGAGCAAGUUCUCUCUGCUGCAGUGCAAAGUCGAAGUUCUUCGGAAGUCCGAUGCCAAUGCAAGAGGCGAUGCCGCCAAAGCUAGUGCCCGUGGGAACCCCAACAAGCUUUACCAGAGUGGGUUGUCGAAGAGCAGUAAGAGACGCUGUCUGUCAAAGAUGAUUGAGACGUUCGAAGGGUAUUUGGCGACUCUUAAUCAUCAGCAACUGUCACGUCUUGUUCUGUACCUUCGUCUGUACCCCAUGGAUUCGAAGUACCAGACCCCAUUGAAAGGAAAGUCAACAAAAGAUCUAUUGGAUACCCUUGUUUCCUUCCAUGACAACCCCACAGCUUACCGUGCAAUGCUGCUUGGACGUCAUAGCAGUAAGGAAACGUCGUAUGUAGUUGUGAAAAAGAUAGCACGAAAGCUGAACGAAGUGUCCAAGUCAAAGAUGCAAGGCAAAGAAAACACCACGUGA